GAAUCAACGGAUGUUUCAAAAGCCAAGAGAGGAAGAAAGAAAAAGUUUUCAGCCAAUGCUCAACAAGUCUUUAGCUGAACAGCGGCAAUACGAGGAAGCAAAGAAAGGGGCGCUGAAGAAAGCUGAGCAAGUCAAAGAAAACGCAGUAGAACACCAAAGUGAAAGAAAUUGUGAGAGAGGCCGGUGGCGGAGGGGCCGGUGGGGCAGAGGCCGGUGGCUCAAGGACCGGCGGCUCAAAGGCCGGCAGCGCAAAGACCAGCGGCGCAAAGACCAGCGGCGCAAAGACCAGCGGCUCAAAGACCGGCGGCUCAAAGGCCGGCAGCGCAAAGACCAGCGGCGCAAAGACCAGCGGCGCAAAGACCAGCAACGCAGAGACCACCACUCCAAUCGCAAAGUGCCACGAAUCGAGCCAGGGACGACCGGAGGCAGGCUGCGGCAAAUAGAGGAUCAUCUCAGAAAGAAUCAACAGAUGUUUCAAAAGCCAAGAGAGGAAGAAAGAAAAAGUUUUCAGCCAAUGCUCAACAAGUCUUUAGCUGAACAGCGGCAAUACGAGGAAGCAAAGAAAGGGGCGCUGAAGAAAGCUGAGCAAGUCAAAGAAAACGCAGUAGAACACCAAAGUGAAAGAAAUUGUGAGAGAGGCCGGUGGCGGAGGGGCCGGUGGGGCAGAGGCCGGUGGCUCAAGGACCGGUUGCUCAAGGACUGGCGGCGCAAAGACCAGCGGCUCAAAGACCGGCGGCUCAAAGGCCGGCAGCACAAAGACAAGCGGCGCAAAGACCAGCGGCGCAAAGACCAGCAGCGCAGAGACCACCACUCCAAUCGCAAAGUGCCACGAAUCGAGCCAGGGACGACCGGAGGCAGGCUGCGGCAAAUAGAGGAUCAUCUCAGAAAGAAUCAACAGAUGUUUCAAAAGCCAAGAGAGGAAGAAAGAAAAAGUUUUCAGCCAAUGCUCAACAAGUCUUUAGCUGAACAGCGGCAAUACGAGGAAGCAAAGAAAGGGGUGCUGAAGAAAGCUGAGCAAGUCAAAGAAAACGCAGUAGAACACCAAAGUGAAAGAAAUUGUGAGAGAGGCCGGUGGCGGAGGGGCCGGUGGGGCAGAGGCCGGUGGCUCAAGGACCGGUGGCUCAAGGACUGGCGGCGCAAAGACCAGCGGCUCAAAGACCGGCGGCUCAAAGGCCGGCAGCGCAAAGACCAGCGGCGCAAAGACCAGCGGCGCAAAGACCAGCAGCGCAAAGACCAGCGGCGCAAAGACCAGCAGCGCAAAGACCAGCAGCGCAGAGACCACCACUCCAAUCGCAAAGUGCCACGAAUCGAGCCAGGGACGACCGGAGGCAGGCUGCGGCAAAUAGAGGAUCAUCUCAGAAAGAAUCAACAGAUGUUUCAAAAGCCAAGAGAGGAAGAAAGAAAAAGUUUUCAGCCAAUGCUCAACAAGUCUUUAGCUGAACAGCGGCAAUACGAGGAAGCAAAGAAAGGGGCGCUGAAGAAAGCUGAGCAAGUCAAAGAAAACGCAGUAGAACACCAAAGUGAAAGAAAUUGUGAGAGAGGCCGGUGGCGGAGGGGCCGGUGGGGCAGAGGCCGGUGGCUCAAGGACCGGUGGCUCAAGGACUGGCGGCGCAAAGACCAGCGGCUCAAAGACCGGCGGCUCAAAGGCCGGCAGCGCAAAGACCAGCGGCGCAAAGACCAGCGGCGCAAAGACCAGCAGCGCAGAGACCACCACUCCAAUCGCAAAGUGCCACGAAUCGAGCCAGGGACGACCGGAGGCAGGCUGCGGCAAAUAGAGGAUCAUCUCAGAAAGAAUCAACAGAUGUUUCAAAAGCCAAGAGAGGAAGAAAGAAAAAGUUUUCAGCCAAUGCUCAACAAGUCUUUAGCUGAACAGCGGCAAUACGAGGAAGCAAAGAAAGGGGCGCUGAAGAAAGCUGAGCAAGUCAAAGAAAACGCAAACACCAAAGUGAAAGAAAUUGUGAGAGAGGCCGGUGGCGGAGGGGCCGGUGGGGCAGAGGCCGGUGGCUCAAGGACCGGUGGCUCAAGGACUGGCGGCGCAAAGACCAGCGGCUCAAAGACCGGCGGCUCAAAGGCCGGCAGCACAAAGACCAGCGGCGCAAAGACCAGCGGCGCAAAGACCAGCAGCGCAGAGACCACCACUCCAAUCGCAAAGUGCCACGAAUCGAGCCAGGGACGACCGGAGGCAGGCUGCGGCAAAUAG